UCCAUCCUGGUCCCCAUGGUCAUAUCCUCGUCCCCACAGCCACGUCCUCGUGAUGUCCUCAUCCCCAUGGUAAAGACCCCAUGGCCAUGUCCCCACGAUGUCCCCAUUCCCAUAUUUGUGUCCUCGUGGUGUCCCCAUCCCCACGGCCACGUCCUCGUGGCGUCCCCACGGCCACGUCCUUGCAGUGCUGACGCUGUCCCCGCGUCCCCAGGCAUCACGUUCCUGUCGGGGGGCCAGAGCGAGGAGGAGGCGUCCAUCAACCUCAACGCCAUCAACCGGUGUCCCCUGGCGAAGCCCUGGGCCCUGACCUUCUCCUACGGGCGGGCGCUGCAGGCCUCGGCGCUGCGGGCCUGGAGCGGCAAGAAGGAGAACACCAAGGCGGCCCAGGAGGAGUACGUCAAGCGGGCCCUGGCCAACUCCCUGGCGUGCCAGGGCAAGUACACCCCCAGCGGGCAGGCGGGGGCGGCCGCCAGCGAGUCCCUCUUCGUCUCCAACCACGCCUACUGAGUGACGUCACCGGGAGCGCCGUGACGUCACCGGGGAUGCCGUGACGUCACCGGGACGCGGUGACCGCGACGCCGUGUGACACUCCUGUCCCCGUCCCCUCGCCCUUCAAUAAAGGAACGCUGCCUGCA